UCAUUUUAUCUAUCACAAUAAUCAGCACAAACACACACACACACACACGGCGCAACGCCAAUCUCCCAUUUCUUCUCUUCUCUCAUCUCUUCUCUUCGUCUCUCCUCUCCUCAAUUGCUCCCAAUCCAAAUAUCUUUGCUGUAUCUAUCUAUCAAUCUAUCUAUACCUAGAAAUAGAAUAGAAUAGAAUGAUUCAAACUCUAUAUCUGCCUUCUUCAACUGCAACAAUGUGCCCACCACUCAAAGGAAGAUUGCUAUCCAACUUCUGCCGUCCCCGUCGCCUCUUCCUGGUGGGAGGAGGGGCCACUGCUGCUGCUCUCCUAUGUGAAUUGAUGCUAUUACCACCAGCAGUAUCGGCUGAGAUGGAGGAGGAUAAGGAUACGGGUAAUGAUGAGCACGAGGGAUCGAUGGUCGAGGCUUUGAAGUCCUUAUUUGAUCCUAAUGAGAAAACGAAAUCAGGAAGGGUUUUACCCAAGGCUUACUUAAAAUCCGCGAGGGACGUUGUGAAAACACUCAGUGAAUCCCUCGAGGAAGAAACAAAAGAUGUAAGUAAGUUUAGACGAAGUGCUGAUGCAGCAAAAGAAUCAAUCCGAGAGUAUUUGAGUGGUGGUUGGAGGGGGCACAAGUCACUAAUCAAUGAGGAAUCCAAUGUGCUGCUAGAGAAAGCAAUAAGAUCACUGGCUAGGUUUUACUCAAAGGCAGGACCAACUGCACCCGUUCCUGAGGAGCUCAAGGCUGAAAUCUUGGGUCACCUCAGGAAAGCACAACAAUACCUCUGAUCGAUCAUCCAUCCAUCCUGCUGCUUCUCACUUCCACUUAUGAACAAUGAAGACUCAGUCACCCAAGGGGGGAGGGGAGGGGCCUGCCAAAGUUGUUACAAUUAUUUCAUGAAUGCUCGACGGCGGAUACUUUAGAAUCUGUAUUGGGUGCAAUUAGUUCAGUAUCUGCCUCGGAUGCCAGCUACCGAUAUUUAUCUGGAUCUAAUUUAUUCGUCUUACGAAUUUCGGAGCUUGUAAAGCAUGGAAACCUAGUUAGGCUGCAGCAUAUGGCUGCAUCUUUGCUUGCUAAGUUACCAAUUAGUGAUGGUACUAAAAUGGGCAUUGCUGGAUGCAUGAGUUGCUUGAUGAAGCUAAUGGAGACAGUAAAGCCGGAUGGGAUUCAAGAGGUUGGGGCCAAGGCAUUGAUUUCAUUACUGUCUGUUAAAGCUAACAGGAAAGAAUUGGUGAGGGAUGAGAAGAGUGUGAUGAGGUUGGUGCAGAUGCUGGAUCCUAAAAACGACGCAGUAUCAAAGAAGUUUCCCGUUGCUGUGGUGGCGGCUAUAAUGGGUGGAGGCAGCCAGAGUUGUAGGAAGAAGCUUGUGGAAGCAGGUGCUUACAGGCAUAUUCUCGAGGUCUUGGAGGGAUUGAUUAUAUGGAUGAUGUCCUGAUCUUCCUAUCCUUCCAGCCAUUCUUUGCAUAUGCAGAUUAGGGGUGCUGUUUAAGGUUUAGGUUUGAUAUCUUAAUAUAUAUAAGAAAUUCUCGGCUGAAUAUCAUAUCAUAUCAUGGGAUGGAUACCAACUUUCAGCUUUCAGUUGUACAAUAUUAUUGUAUUGUAUUGUAUGUUUUUAGUCUGCAAGCACACUAGAGAAACUGAGAUGAUAGACUAGUGUUAUAUCAUUUGUGAUCAUCAGUUUUACUUUUGUUCGUUC